GAGAUUCGAAUUGUAAACAUACAUUAUAUACUGGGAAAAUAAUUUACGAUUACAAGUACAAGGGGCCCGGAGAGGUCGUCUGUCCCGGGGCCCGGGCUGGCUCUCGGCGGCCAUGACUAUAGAGACCAAUCACAACUCGUUACACUUACUGUAAUGUCACGUGUGGUCCAUGACAACAGGAUAUUUGUUCAGCCUUUAGCAUAAUGCAAGGGAUCACAAGCUAGAGAGGGGCGGGAUUAGCGAGCAAACGAAAGCGAAAGGAGAAAUGAAAGUUAGCAGCCAAGGUGCCAAUGCUCCUCCACCUGACGUCACCUGCUAAAACCUCACAGACCAUAAAUUCCAGGAAAGGUGUACCACACCUUUAUUCCUGCUAACGCUCGCUGUUGCCCAGCAGAGGGUGGGUGAGCCCCGACUAGUCAGGUGAUGUACAGACCAUAUGUCUGCCAGUCAUAGGCUCAACAGACUUGCUGCAUCUGAAGUAAGAACUGAAGUUUGCUGUCCUGUCUGUGGCACGUCGAGUGCAGAUGUCUCUUACAACCAAGUAAGCAAGAAUGUGUUAAUGAACAACACAACACUAGACUCAGCUGCUGACAGGUAACAUCGUCACAGACAUUACCUGUGGAGGGUUCGCUGUGGUCUGUGCUUCUCAACAUGGCCUCUGGAGCUGAAUCGGAUGGUGAAGAAGGGGAGGAGCUGGGUAUCAUUCGAGCCACCCUCAUCCGGGAACUUCGCAAUGUGCUGGACGAGUAUCCUGAUGAUGGACAGAUCCUUAAGGAAAUGAUUCAGAACGCGGAGGAUGCCGGUGCCUCCAUGAUGAAGUUUGUGUCAGACACCCGAGAAUUCAACCGGAAUGUCAGUCCCGUAGACAUAAGAAAAAAUCCACACCUGAAAUUUCUGAAGGGACCCGCUCUGUACGCCUUCAACAAUGCAAAGUUCAGCGAGAGGGACUGGCAGGGCAUCCGGAUGAUUCACACCAGCAUCAAGGAGGCAGACCCUCUCAAAGUCGGACGCUUUGGUCUCGGCUUCAAGUCGGUAUUUCACCUGACAGACCGUCUGACCAUUGUAAGUGGAAACUUUCUUCUGUAUAUGGAUCCGUUUAAAGGCGAAGAUCGGUGCUGCAUUCUUAAAAAACUCUCACGAAUAAAAAGGAGCGAAAAGGAAUGUCUGCUGCAAGGACUUAGUGGAAUAUUUGGAGUUGAUGAGGAGAUGUUUCAGUCAGGUCACUAUCCUGGUACAAUGUUCUGGUUCCCUCUCAGACACGAGGCAAACGAUCUGUCCAGCACUGUCUACUCUGUUGACAAGAUUAACGAUCUGUGGCAAGCCUUUAAGACCGAAGCUUCUGGAAUCCCGUUGUUCCUGAAGAAAAUCGAGACUGUGGGGCUGUACACGAGACGACAGGACAAACAACUCAGUCUUGACUUUCAAGUGGGACUUGCUACCAGUUGCCUGGACAGUGUUCGAAGGGAAAAUAUAACUUUUAUCGAGGCAAUCAUCGCUGCUGGUGGACAGAUGCCGGAAACUAAGGUGUGGAACAGCCUCAUCAAAGAAGUGGAGAUGCUAGAUGACCAUGACGGACAGUCUGUGGUUCAGAGCGAGAAAUGGCUGGUAGUCAACUAUCACCCUGGUGGAUCGGACCUGUCCCCGGAGCUGAGUGAACUGUGCAAUGACCCCCAGCUGUCUUACAAGCCCUAUGUGGGCGUGGCAGCUCCACUGGAAGGACAAACAAAUUUCCAGAGCCAGAUCUUCUGUUUCCUUCCUCUGCCCCUGGAAUCUCGCAGCCCCACAGGACUGCCGGUCCAUGUCAACGGCUUCUUUGCCCUCAGUCAGAACCGCCGCCAUGUCAAGUGGCCCACGGCGGACCAAAUGAGCCACCAGGUUCACGUGGAACCGUCCCUCCGCUGGAACCGUCUGCUGGUGGAGCAGCUGCUUCCAGCCUGUUAUUCCAUGCUGCUGACGAGGCUUAGAGAGCUGCACGUGACACGUCCCCUCCACUUCUACACCAUGUGGCCUGACAUGAGCAGUGUGACAGAAAAAUGGCAGCCAUUGGUGGAGCCUUUGUUCGUUACCAUGGCAACGAAACCAGUAUACUGCACAGAGGGCGGCCAGUGGGUGGAGCUUGCCAAUGCCUUGUUGAGUACAAUUACAGACGACAUCUCUACCGACAUCAAACGCACAGUUCACAAAGCUUACCUGGUGUGUCAGGAGAAUCUUAUCGUCCUUCCCCAGAAUGUCCUGGAAGGCCUCAGUCUGUCAGGUGGUCUGUCAACAGUUGCCUUAGCAACCCCACAGAGACUCAGUCGUCUGCUGCAGUCGUGUUUGUCACAAUUUGAAAGCCAAGAAAGGUGUCACCUCCUUGCCUACCUGUGUGAUCAGAAAGAUUUGUCGCUGCUGCAAGGUCUCCAACUUCUUCCUCUCCAGGAUUGCUCCUUCAGGGCUUUCACUAGACAAUCUUCCACGACUUUCUUCUGUCAAGAACAGGACCUCAGACUUUUCCCUGGCCUUGAAACCCACUUCUGUUCCUGUAAACUGCCGCACGACCUUCGACAUCAUCUACAUGACAUCGCUGUGUCAGGAAAUUAUUCUUUGAGGUUGAUGGCGGAGAAGGACGUGAGCCACCUGCUAAUGAAAAGUAUUCAAUGUAGGUUUGAGCAACGAGAACCUAUCGUUCCUCUAGACGACCAGUGGCUCCAAGAUGUUUGGAAUUUCCUACUUAAGAAUUUUUCAGACAGCCUGGAGGACUUUUCAUUGAUGCCACUAAUGCCGUUUCUUCAAGGCAAUAGCUUUGUCCUCAAACCUCUCAUAGGAAACUACGUGUGCAAAGAAGUGAGUGGGAUGGACCCGCUUUCAGACAACCUCAUCACCUGCCUUACAAAACUCGGCAUCACUGUCCUCUCUCACCUGCCAGAUGACGUCAUCAGGCAUCCACAGGUGCUCGGUCAGUUAGUGCAGUGGCCUUCACCUCAGAACAUUCUCACCUUACUGUCUCAUAUCAGCGAAGGUGAGAGCAUGCAGAGUUCGACUGUGCUCUCGUUCAACCAAGCAAGCACGGAUGAGGACCGAGCGUGUCUGAUCAAACUCCUCGACGACUGCCGAGACUUUGUACUGAACAUCAACCUUCGCAAGCUGUUGCAGCAGCUGAACUUGUUCUCGUGUCUUCCUGACCGCACAAUCACAAAUGUAGCUUGUGUAAGUGCCAUAGCACCCGAUCACUUGCCGCCAGUACCAGUACCCAGACAGAUGCUUCUGUGUCAGGAGUCACGUGACAGGAGGGUGGCACUACAGCUUGGGGGACGAGUGGAGAGUCUGCAAGACAUCAGUCGUGAGAUCCUGCUGAAAAUGCAGCCAGAUAGGGAAGAGUACUCACUAGAGCAGAAACAGCAGUUUAUGAUAUUUUUCAUGGAUGAGUUGGUGAAUGACAAAUUACUAUGCCAACUGGCCAGAAGAGUGUAAAAUUCCUUACAACAACAUCAUCCAAGCAGCUGAAAGCUGUGGAAGAUCUCUGUGACCCGUCUCACAAACUGCUGAAGGAGGUCUUAAGUGAUGAUUCUUUUCCUCAGUGCGAAGACGACUUUAUUGACAAGCUACAAAAACUGGG